UGUGUCUUCUGGAGCUCCUGCAGUUCUGAAGACCCCGGAUGCCUGACAACGAAGGAGACAAUGGACCGAACGGUCGUAGCAUUCAUGGAGAAAGCUGUGCUCCGAUCAUGGAAAGCCAUUGACGAAGAAUUAUUACAUAAGUCGCAGCUGAGCAGAGUGAAUCUCACAAUUUCUGUAUGCUGUGGCGACGAGGUAGAGAAACUCAAUUCGCCCUUCGGUCAGUAGACGAUAGCAAUAUACAGUACGUACGGGCCCAGUUGCGCGAUAUAACAUCCCAAAAGGUUUAAAGUCCUCUGGCUAAACAUGCUGGCGGUGUGUAAAAUGAGAGCGCCCAGUCGGGCUGCAAAGGAAAAGCCUAGCGAAGUCGGCGGAUGCCGACACGAGGCCCGCCAUCACUGAUGCGCAGCUAGCAAUUACUUUGAUCCGAUGUCAUUCAUGGCCGACUUGCCUGCUUCAAUCGAUGCAAUCUUUCCAAUUCUCGCGUGUCUCUGGAUUUGCUUGAGGGGCCCUCGCGCCGUCAUUGAAGAUCAUGUCCUUCCAGCGGCGCCGAGCGGGUGCCGAAGCGGCCAAUAUACUCUAUUUAUCACUUAUGUCAAAAGCACCUCUUCCCAUGUCAAGAAGGGUCCUUGCCCACUUCGCUUCAUCAUAACCCAUGUCCCUCCUCAUCUCUUGCUUGCUGAUCGCUGGCUUCUGGGCUUUCGCUCGGAGAUUUACGCUGAAACCCCGCCUAGUCGAUUCAAUACCGGGCCCGAAACGCGAGUCGUGGCUCUUCGGGAAUCUCCUCCAGCUUCUGCUAUCGAAGGAAUACGGGGAGUACGAAUUCCAGUGGCAGGAUGCGUUUGGCCCUUGCUACGCCAUCGGCGGGUGUUUCGGAGAGACACGUCUGAUUGUCUCUGACCCUGCCACCGCGAGAUUCAUCCUCAACAGCCCAAUCUUCGUGUCCGGAGCCUCGCAGCAGAAGGCGGGCAACAUGCUCCUUGGCUUUGGGACCGUCUUCCUGGCGACGGGCGAUCGACACAGGUAUCUCCGCAGUCUCAUGAAUCCGGCGUUCUCGCCGAAGAGUGUGCGCGAGGCACAGCCCGUCCUUCGGGAAGUGGCGAGAAAGCUUGUCGAAGCGUGGAACGCGCUUGGGUUUCCGGGCAACACGGUGGAUGUAUUGCGAAGCUUGCACGAUGUCGCGAUGGAGAGCAUAGGCGACGUGAUUCUGCAGUAUCCACUGCAUGCAUUCGAUCGAACAGCAGGAGAAAGCACGUCUGCAAAGCAGCGUAGUUUGAUAGAUUCCGUCAGCCGUGUCUCGAAAGCAAGCCUGAUCGGCGAAGCUGUACUCGCAUACAUCCCCGACCCCGUCUUCCGGCUUGCGACUCGGCUUCCAUUCCCGCCCAUGUCCACGAUCAGGGACUAUGCGCGGCUUGUGGACGAUCUGGCACUCCAGUUGAUUGAGCAGAAGCGCAAGGAUGAGGGAUUCAAAGAGGAUCGGAGCUUUCUUAGUGAUAUGAUCCGCGUUGACCCCUCCGACCCGACUUCCGGUGCUCCAGACGAGGAGAUCGGGACCCACAUCCGGACUAUGUUGUUUGCAGGCGCUGACACGUCGGGCGGAACGCUCUCUUGGAUUGUAUACGAACUCGCGAAACGUCCUGGGCUCCAGAGCGAGCUCCGGGCAGAGAUUGGCCGAACCGAGAUGGGGCUCGAGUUUGUCGACUACGACGCGAUGCCAUUCCUGAAUGCUAUCAUCAACGAAACUAUCCGUCUCUACGCUGCUCUUCCAUUCGCAGAACGUGUAUCGACUGAAGACUGCAUACUUCCCUUGAGCCAAGAGGUCGUCACGAACACGGGAAAACGCGUCACGGAGAUUCCGAUACAGAAAGGACAGCUGGUUUAUGUCAGCUUGGCUUCAUAUAAUCGGCUGAAGUCUUUGUGGGGACCGGAUGCCGGGGACUUCCGGCCUGCGAGAUGGCUCGAGAAAGCAUCUCCGUGCAGUGGGACUGCGAUUGGACCCCAUGCUUCGCUGUGGAUUGAGCUUCCUUGCUGGCCCUGGUACUUGUCUCGGGUAGGUCCUAUCAUAGGCUCCGAGGAUGCUGACUUCCAACUCACCACUGCAGCUGGCGUUUCGCAAUACUGCAAUUUCAGAUUGUGGUCGUGGAUAUUGUCCGACACUUUGUCCUCUCGCCGCCAGGAGACGAUUCAUUGCUAUCGUCAUCGCUUCCACCGCACCAUGGCUGUCGGCUCUCGCAAACAAAUCACCUACGCCCAUAAACGCAACAGAAUGCAUAAACCCACUUCUACUACUGCACGACCUCUCGUCUCUGCCUCUUCGCCCCUUCCCCAGCUCGACGACUCUGAAUAUACGUCAAAAGAAGAACUGCAUCGCCGCCUCCGCAAACGCGCACGUCGCUCAUCAAAUCCCGAAUCCAUGUCCAAGAAACUCAAACCUAGUCUUGCUGAUGAAGAACUUCAAUUCAGUUCAAUAGGAAUGAGUCCCAGUCCUCCUCCUGCUACUCCUGCCGAUCGGUCUCAAUUUGAAACACCUCUGCCAUCCGCCCUCACUGAAGGGCAAGUGUUCAAGCUCAAGUCUUCCCGUCCAUCGUCCCCUCACCCUUCGUCUCCUCCCAUCCCUGUCCGUCGUACUGCCUCGCAUAAACUGAAGGAGAAUGCUGUUCGUGAGCCGGUCAAGAAGAAAAUGAAGAAGAAAGGCGGCGCGCUUGACAGUCCUUUCAACAGUCGUCCUGGAUCUGUGACGUCGUCUCCUCAGAAUAACAGCAAGCCUACCACGACUGUCGCCAAUUCAAUGCAAAAGAAGUCUCUCAAACGUACACUCUCUGAUACGAACUAUAAUCCCAAUAUCCCUCAUAGUUCGAGCACUGCCAAUUCACCUGUGCGGCCCUUCACCGAUGACUCUUUAUACUCUCCCCUGCUUCGCACCCGUCGCCCAUCGGCACCAAGCCCUCCGCGAUGGAGCGUGCAUGCCAACUCCAGCUUCGACUAUCACUUCAAUCCAGCUGCCGAAACGCCGUUCUUUCUGCCUUCUGCGACGGCUCACAUCGACUUCAAUCGUCCACCGUCAUCCAUGUCCUUCUACGGCGACUCAGGCUCCGACUCGGAGGAAGGGUUCUUCGCCGACGCGCAAGGCAUCUCGACUCCUGCUCGCGAUCAACGCGCAUAUAUGCUAGGCCAGAAUGUGGAUAUGGACAUGGAUGUCGAGGGCGAUGAGAUGGACGAGGAUGACGACAUCACACCCCAGUCGCAUCCAGGGAUGAAAGACCUUCCUGCCCGAACACGCAGUCCGUGGUUGAGCGACAGCAUCGUAUCACCGCCCACUUCGCAAGAAUGGGAUCGGCCGCCGCUGGUCCCGUACAGUCCGGGGCCCGGUAGCGAAGACGUCGACAUGUACGAUGAGUUGUCGCUGGAAUUGGGAUUGGGGCCUCCCGGUUUUGGAGAGAAGAGGGCACGCACAGAGAUGGAUCUGAAGCAGAUGUUCGAUGAUAUGGCUCUUGGGACUGCCACCAAGAACCGCGUUGUUCUCAAUCGUACGCGCUCUCUCGACAGCUCGACGCCGGCGGAGGAACACGACGGAGUUCGUCCGGCCGUCAAAGGUCGAGAUCGCCGUGGCACCAUUCGCGCUUCGGACUUCAAGACCGCCAUCCCCACCACGGUCGCUCCCCCUCGCCGCACCCGCAGUGGAACUGUCAUCGGGCCUCCCACUCGAGCGCGCAGCUCCAGCUCCGCCGUCACGCCAGGCACCACAGCCAUCGGCGAAGCCAGUGAAGACGAGGAGAUUGACCACAUGUGCAGCGAAGGCUGGGCGGUGGCUGAUCCGCCUUCUCCCGUCGUUUCACGCCGCCACACGCCACUCGAGGACUCGUUCGAGUUCGAUGAACUCGACCUGCUUGCACGGCCGACGAGCGCGGGGCUGAUGCCUGCUCCAGUCCUCUUCCGUGCCGAUGCCACUAACGCCAGCAAAAGCCGGAAGCCGCGUUCGAUUACUUCCCCUCGGGAGAUUGCUAUGGAAGAGGAGGAUGACGGCGAGGACGAUCCGUUGCUGCUCAAGCCGCGCGCACGCUGAUAGAGAGACGCCUUUCCCCAGGCUUCUGCUUUCUAAAGUUCCCUUGGAGAUUCUGUUUAGCUGAAACACCUCUGCACAUAACGUUAUUUAUCGGCUGUCUCAUGCGAUGUGGAAGGAAACGGACUGGACAUCGGUCAUAUCUGGUACUUUAUGAAUAGUAAAGUCUUCACAUUCUGUCCUUUACAGUGUAUUGUGACUGUACUUGAUGGACUGAGGCUG